AAGAAUCUAAAAAAAAUCCAACACCAACCUACAAAACCGUUGUUUUUUCUUUAACUUUCUCUUUUUUCUCUCUUCUGUGUUCUCAAAGUUUUUUUUCAGAUCGGAGAAACAACAAACUCCGGCGAAAUGGCGAAAUCUACCGGCGACGAUGUUGAACUCCGGCGAGCUUGCGAAUCUGCAAUUGAAGAUCCUAAGCAGAAGAUCAUCUUAUCAAUCCGUGUUGCCAAAAGUCACGGCAUCUUAGGAAAAUCUUCCAAGCUUUCUAGUCGUCAUAUGGCUAAACCUAGGGUUCUUGCUCUCUCUACAUUAACAAAGGGACAAACGACUACUGCUUUUCUUCGAGUUUUGAAGUAUUCUACGGGAGGAGUUCUUGAACCUGCAAAACUAUACAAGCUAAGGCAUCUUUCAAAAGUAGAAGUUUUAACAAACGAUCCUAGUGGAUGUACAUUUACACUGGGAUUUGAUAACCUUAGAAGCCAAAGUGUGGCUCCUCCGCAAUGGACGAUGCGAAAUAUUGAUGACAGGAAUCGUCUCCUUCUUUGCAUCUUGACCAUCUCUAAAGAUGUUUUGGGUCGCCUUCCUAAGGUCGUUGGUAUAGAUGUUGUGGAGUUGGCUCUUUGGGCUAAGGAAAAUAGAGCCCCUGUUUCAACUCAGAGUAAUGUGAAAGAUGGUGGUCCUGUUGCUUCCGCUAUGACUGAGAGAGAGUUGAAAGUCAAUGUUGAAAAAGACCUUGUCUCCCAGGCAGAGGAAGAGGACAUGGAGGCUCUUUUGGGAACGUAUGUCAUGGGUGUUGGUGAAGCAGAAGAAUUUUCUGAAAGACUGAAGAGAGAGCUCCAGGCUCUGGAAGCAGCAAAUGUGCAUGCCAUUUUAGAAAGCGAGCCUUUGAUAAAUGAGGUGUUGUAUGGGCUUGAAGCAGCAACAAAUGUUGUAGACGAUAUGGAUGAAUGGUUAGGCACAUUCAAUGUUAAACUCCGCCACAUGAGAGAGGAUAUAGCAUCGAUAGAAACCCGUAAUAACAGCUUGCAAAUGCAAUCGGUAAAUAACAAAUCUCUCAUCGAGGAGCUUGAUAAGCUUCUUGAGCGGUUGCGUGUACCUUCUGAGUUUGCAACGUGUUUGACAGGAGGUUCAUUUGAUGAAGAACGCAUGCUUCAAAAUGUAGAAGCAUGUGAAUGGUUGACUAGUGCCUUGCGCGGUCUUGAAGUGCCCAACAUUGACCCCACUUAUGCAAUUAUGAGAGCUGUUAAAGAGAAGCGUGCAGAACUUGAAAAAUUAAAAUCUACUUUUGUCAGGAGAGCUUCUGAAUUCUUGAGAAAUUACUUUGCUAGUUUGGUGGACUUCAUGAUAAGUGAUAAAAGUUACUUUUCUCAGCGGGGACAGUUGAAGAGACCUGACCAUGCUGACCUGCGGUACAAGUGCAGGACAUAUGCACGUCUUCUUCAGCAUUUGAAGAGCCUUGACAAGAAUUGCUUGGGUCCACUGAGAAAAGCUUAUUGCAGUUCUCUAAACUUGCUUCUUCGCCGGGAGGCCCGUGAGUUUGCCAACGAACUCCGUGCUAGUACAAAAGCAUCUAGAAAUCCAACUGUUUGGCUUGAAGGCUCAACUGGUUCUGGUCAGAAUGUAAAUGCUACCGAUACUUCUACAGUAUCUGAUGCUUAUGCAAAGAUGCUCACAAUUUUUAUCCCACUUCUGGUGGAUGAGAGUUCGUUUUUUGCACACUUCAUGUGCUUUGAAGUUCCUACACUUGUUCCUCCAGGUGGUGUUGUUAACGGCAACAAAGCUGGUUACGAUGAUGAUGAUGAUUUGGGAAUUAUGGACAUCGAUGAGAAUGACAGUAAAUCUGGAAAAAAUUCUGCUGAGCUUGCAGCUUUAAAUGAAUCACUUCAGGAUUUACUGGACGGAAUUCAAGAAGACUUUUAUGCUGUCGUGGAUUGGGCAUACAAGAUUGAUCCUUUACGCUGCAUAUCAAUGCAUGGAAUAACAGAACGAUAUCUUUCUGGUCAGAAAGCUGAUGCAGCAGGAUUUGUACGUCUUUUGCUUGGCGACCUAGAGUCUCGGAUUUCUAUGCAGUUCAGCCGUUUUGUUGAUGAAGCUUGCCAUCAAAUUGAAAGAAAUGAACGGAAUGUUCGCCAAAUGGGUGUUCUAUCCUACAUUCCCAGAUUUGCAAUCCUUGCAACUCGUAUGGAGCAGUACAUUCAGGGACAGUCUAGGGAUUUGGUUGACCAAGCAUAUACAAAAUUUGUUAGCGUAAUGUUUACAACCUUGGAAAAAAUAUCACAAACAGAUCCAAAGUAUGCAGAUAUUUUUCUCUUUGAGAACUAUGCUGCUUUUCAGAAUAGUUUGUAUGACCUUGCCAACAUUGUGCCCACAUUGGCCAAGUUUUAUCAUCAGGCCAGUGAAGCCUAUGAACAAGCUUGCACGCGCCAUAUUAGCAUGAUCAUAUACGUUCAAUUUGAACGUCUUUUCCAGUUUGCUCGAAGGAUUGAGGAUUUGAUGUUCACCGUUGCACCUGAAGAGAUACCUUUCCAGCUUGGGUUGUCAAAAAUGGAUCUUCGAAAAAUGUUAAAAACCAGCUUAUCUGGGGUUGACAAGUCCAUUAAUGCGAUGUAUAAGAAACUACAGAAGAAUUUGACUUCAGAAGAACUGUUACCUUCCUUAUGGGACAAAUGCAAGAAAGAGUUUCUCGACAAGUACGAAGGUUUUGCUCAACUUGUGGCUAAGAUUUACCCUAAUGAGACAUUCACAUCUGUUGCAGAGAUGAAAGGCAUUUUAGCUAAUAUGUAAAUGAUGUAUGUGUUUGUAUAUAUUAUUCUUUUUUCCAUCUUCUAAUCUUUUUUUUGUUUCCAUUGUUGUAUGUAAUUUUAUUUAUUCAAUAAAGUGCAUCUUUUUGUAGCUUUAA